AUGGCUCAGAUCACUACUUCACGACGUUUUCAUCAGAAAAAUUCGUUUUAUGAAAAGAACUUAACUGCACCUUCAUUAGUUGUUCAUAUUAAUAAAACUGGUAUUAUUACUAAACCAAUAAAUAAUUAUACAUAUCGAACAGAAGAUUAUCUUCAACAACGAGAAAAACAACCAAUAAAUAAAUCAACAUUUCCAUUAACAUCGAAAACAACAUGGAAAAAUGUUAUGCAACAAAGACGAAUAUUAGAAAAUGAUCAAGCUGAAAUUGAUCGUGCUAUAUCAACAAUUGAUUCAAUUCAUGAACGUUUAACAGUUGCUAAAGAUUUUAUUCGAGAUUUUAAUAUUGAAAUACCUGUUGUAAUUGAUAAACCUGAAGAGAAUUUGUUCGAAAAAUUAUAUGCACCAUGGCCUGUACGAAUAUAUAUUCUUGAUAAAGAUCAUCGACUCAUAUACAAAGCUCAACCAAGUGAAACCAUGUUACAAUUAAAAGAAUUAACAGAAUAUUUAGCAUCAAUAAAAUAA